UGUCCUUGAAAUCAAAAAAAUACACAAAAUUGAAUUCCCCCCUCCCCCAGGUCUCUCUCUCUCAUAAUUCCUCUUCUUUUCCCGUUCCUUCCUCUUUCUUCUUUUUACAACCUCUUCUUCCCGCUUCAUCAUCUCACAUCACAUAGCGUAUAUGCGUCGAUUCAACAUCCCAGCAUCAGUACUUGUCGCAGCAGCAGCAACAGCCGCAUUCGUUGCUGUGUUCAUACCCACCGCAUCGGCCUUACGUUUCGGUGAACAGUGCGACGCAAGCCCUAUCUACUCAGCCACAUGGCAGUAUGACGACUCUUGCGAAAGCAUCUACCUGUUUUGCGAUCCAGCGACGAACACUUGCAACUACAGAGGAUGCACGAACUCGGAUUACUUGCAAGGAUGGGAUACUAGAGUUCAUGAGUUCCCACCGCGUUGCACUGGCGACACAUUUUGCCCCGACGAUAAUUCCGGCUGCAAAGCAAAGGUGGCUGCCGGUGGAUUCUGUGAGCUUCAACGAGACGAUGAAUGCGCUGGUGUAAACCCGAUCUGUCUUAACUCGACUUGCCACAUCAAGGCAGCACCUUUGGGUGGACAGUGUGGCUCAGACACAACAAUGUACGUGUCCUAUGAUGCCGACAACUACGCUGUCCAACAGAUCAUCGUUCGUGACAACUGCACAUCCGGCACCUACUGUACCGACGACCGAUGCAUCAACUCCAAAGACAACGGCGCUGAAUGUGAGCAGGACCGCGAGUGUAUUUCCGAGUACUGCAACACCGCAGGCAUCUGUGUGAAUGGCCCCGACAUUUUCCACACUAUUCCAAACUGGCUGUGGGGCGUUCUCGGCGCCGCUGUCGUUAUCUUUGUCCUCGUCAUCCUGUUGAUUCUGUGGUUCUUGCACCGAUACCAGUCCAAAAAGGAACACGCCAAGAUGGCCAAGUUCUUUGGUGACAACGAGGAGUUUGCCAAAUACGCCAUGUUGGAGAACGACGACAUGCCUUUGGUCGACCAGCAGUCUUCGACAGCCAUGGACAGCCGUACCAGUGUCGUGUACUUGACCACCCCCGACUAUCACGAGUCGAGCGCACUGUCAUCCAGCAACCGCAAGGGCGCCUUCCGUUCUUCGACAGCUUCGCCUUUGCGCGACUCUACACUUUCGCUUCCAAGAGACUCGGGCAGCUACACGCCACGAGCGCAAACACCCGAUCGCUCCCGUACUCCUGAUCUCCACUAAUAGUAAAACUUGGUAUAUUAUAAAAGCGCCAUCAUCCCAUCCAUCAUUCUCCUUCGCUCCUCCUCCUCCUCCUCCUCCUCAUCCUCACACAUUCGCACACACACACACACACACACACACAUCAUAUACAGUUAAUAGCCUCCACCUCCCACUUCAAUUCA